GCUCGGCUGGGGUUCAAAACAAUUUGGUUACGACCAUGAAAGGAUUCGCAGUAUUAGCGCUUGCUGUUCUCAUUGCGGGAGUGUGCAGUCAAAAGGACACUCACCAAUGGGCCAACAGAAACACUAUAGUCCAUCUUUUCGAAUGGAAGUGGGAUGACAUCGCUGACGAAUGUGAACGAUUCUUAGCUCCCAAGGGCUACGGUGGCGUUCAGGUAUCUCCAGUCAAUGAAAACAUUAUUGCAGCUGGACGUCCAUGGUGGGAGCGUUACCAACCCAUUUCCUACAAACUGGUGACCCGUUCUGGUAACGAACAACAAUUCGCUAAUAUGGUGAAGCGUUGUAAUGCCGUUGGUGUAAGGAUUUAUGUCGAUGUCGUUUUCAACCACAUGUCUGCUGACAGCAGCAACCCAGUCGGAACUGCUGGAACUCAAGCUAACCCAUUGGCCAAGAGCUUCCCAGGAGUCCCUUACAGUUCAACUGAUUUCCAUACAAGCUGUGCAAUUCAAAGCUACCAAGAUGCCAACCAAGUAAGAAACUGUGAAUUGGUUGGACUGAAGGACUUGGAUCAGAGCAACAGUUGGGUUCGUGAUAGAAUCGUGGACUUCCUUAAUCACUUGGUUGAUUUGGGAGUGGCUGGAUUCCGUGUUGAUGCUGCCAAGCAUAUGUGGCCCUCUGACUUGAAGGUUAUCUAUGACAGAAUCAACAACCUUAACACAGCUCACGGAUUUGCAGCUAACUCCAGACCAUUCAUUGUCCAAGAAGUUAUUGAUCUUGGCGGAGAAGCUGUUUCCAAACUUGAAUACAACGGAAUGGGAGCAGUGACAGAAUUCAAAUUCUCACAGGAAAUCGGCGGUUGCUUCCGUGGAAACAAUGCUUUGAAAUGGUUGGUAAAUUGGGGUCCUGCAUGGGGACUAUUACCAUCAAGCGAUGCUUUGGUUUUCGUUGACAACCACGACAAUCAACGUGACGGAGGACAAAUCCUUACUUACAAGACCCCUAAGAACUACAAGAUGGCUACCGCUUUCACCUUGGCUCAUCCAUAUGGCAUCACCCGCAUCAUGAGUUCCUUCGCCUUCAACGACAAGGAUCAAGCUCCACCAAGUUCUGAUGGACAAAAUAUCUUGUCGCCAAGCAUCAAUGCCGAUGGUACCUGCGGAAAUGGAUGGGUUUGCGAACAUCGUUGGCGUCAAAUGUACAACAUGGUUGGAUUCAAAAACGCCGUUAGUGGAACUGGCCUCAAUGACUGGUGGGAUAAUGGAAACAACCAAAUUGCUUUCUGCCGUGGAGGAAGUGGCUUCAUUGCUUUCAAUUUGGAGAACUACGAUUUGAACCAAACUUUGCAAACCUGCUUGUCGGCUGGUACCUACUGCGAUGUUAUCUCUGGAUCGAAGGAUAAUGGCAAGUGUACAGGCAAAACUGUCCAAGUUGGAUCAGAUGGUAAGGCCAAUAUUUACAUCGGAGCUGGAGAGGACGAUGGCGUUUUAGCAAUUCACAAGGACGCAAAAUUGUAAAAGGGUUGACGGAUUUGAUGUGAUUAAAAAUGAAUUGGAAAGCAAACAA